AUGACCGAGUCCAAUACCAAACCAUCGUUCUUGGUGAUAUUGAUAACCCUUGCAUCUUCGAUAUCGGGGUUUAUGUUUGGUUACGACACUGGUUAUAUAUCAAGUGCUUUGGUUAUGGUUGGCACUGAUUUAUCAAAUAAAGUUUUAACUUCCGGUGAAAAAGAGUUUAUUACUUCUGCAACCUCAUUAGGGGCAUUGAUUGGUGCAUUAAUAGGAGGGAUUUUAGCUAAUAUACUUGGUAGAAAACUAGUUUUAUUAGGUUCUAAUCUAAUUUUUGUCAUUGGUACGAUUAUUCAAUUGGUUUCCAAAACUGUUUGGACCAUGAUUGCUGGAAGAUUCGUUCUUGGAUUAGGUGUGGGUAUUGCUUCUUUAAUCGCUCCCUUAAUGUUGAGUGAGUUAGCUCCUUCUAAAUAUAGAGGACGUUUAAUUGUUACUAAUUGUAUGUUUAUUACCGGGGGUCAAUUAGUCGCUUAUCUUAUAAACUGGGGGUUAACCAACGUUCCUCAUGGUUGGAGAGUUUCUGUUGGUCUUUGUAUGGUUCCUCCAGUGAUUCAAUUUGUUUUAUUUUGUUUCUUACCUGAUACCCCAAGAUUUUAUGUCAUGAAUGGUGAUUAUGAUUCUGCAAUUAAAAUUAUUAAAAAAAUUCAUAAUGAUCCUUCAGAUAGUUUUGCUAAGGCAACUGUUGAAGAUAUGAUUGCUUCUAAUUCAGUUGUUCCGGGUAGAAAUUCUUUAAUCCAAUCUUGGAAUUCAAUUAAAUUAAUUCAUACUUCUGCUGCUAAUUUCAGAGCUUUAAUCUUAGCUUGUGGUUUACAAGGUAUUCAGCAGUUCACAGGGUUUAACUCUUUAAUGUAUUUCAGUACCACCAUCUUCGAAACCAUUGGUUUUGAAAAUUCAACCGCUGUUUCCAUCAUUAUUGCCGCUACUAAUUUUGUCUUCACCCUAGUGGCUUUAUGUAUUAUUGAUAAAGUUGGUCGUAGAAGAAUCUUACUAUUUGCUAUUCCUGGUAUGUGUGUUUCAUUGAUUUUAUGUGCAAUUGCUUUCCAUUUCUUAGGCGUUAAAUUCACUUCUCAUGCUGAUGCUGUAGUUGAAAAAACUGGUAUCACCGGCUGGGGGAUCUUGGUCAUCCUAGGUAUGGUUGCCUACGUUGCUUGUUAUGCUAUUGGUAUCGGUAAUAGUGCUUGGACCGGGGUCGAAUUGUUUUCUGACGUUAACGUUAGAUCAAUUGGUACCAUGUUCGCUACUUCUGUCAACUGGUGUGGUUCCUUGGUCAUUGCAUCAACUUUCUUAUCAAUGCUAAUUAAAAUUACUCCUACUGGUACUUUCUCCUUCUUCGCUGGCUUAUGUUUUGUCUCUUUCCUUUUCAUCUAUUUCUUAUUCCCAGAAGUUGCUGGUUUAGAACUAGAAGAAACUACCGCUUUCUUAACCGACGGCUUUAACGUCAGAGCAGCUUCGAAACUUUCUAAAGAAAGAAAGAAGACUUCUAAAUUCGUUGUCGACUCAUCUGCUUAA